AAUCAAGUAUGGCCAAUAUUUCUAAAUAUGGCUAACUAAGAGAGAGAGGGGGGGGAUUUCAUACCAUUUCUUAAUAGUUUAUUUAAAGACUUGAACCAAAGAAAAGCAGUUUGUCCAAAUGUAUUUUAUCCUCACCCUGUUUGUUACCUACAAAACAAACUGUUAUUUUCUGCAGGCGUCGUUUGGGCCGAUAGUGACAUCUGCUGGACGGAAACCGUUAGUAUGAUGAGAGCAUGCACUUUAAUAUUCCAAAAGGGCAAGUGUUAGCUUUUAAUAGAUCAUAUGACCACAUUUUCCCUAGAGAACCAACGAGUCUAUUUUAGAAUAGAUGUAGGUUGAGAAAUUGCUCAUUUAUUCAUUCAUUUCUCAAGAUCAGUCUAUCUCCUUGUUUGUGUUUCUGUAGGCUCGCUGUCAACCGCUGUGUGUUUUUGGUUAUGAUGAUGAUGAUGAGAUUGUGAUAGGUCAUCUCGGAGGGUGGAGAGAAGGUGCUCGCCGAAUAACCUCUCAUCGACCUCGUGCUUUGGUCACUGCAGUCAAUGAACAUGAGUAGCAGCAGACUUUAUUUACGAUUGCAAUCAUGUCGUUUUUACUCCGGUGGUAUGAGAGCGACAUAUCACCGAACCUUGGACAGGAUCGAGUUAAUGCUGCCGCCUAAAUUAAGACCUCUCUACAAUCAUCCUGCUGGACCAAAGACGGUUUUCUUCUGGGCACCAGUUUUUAAAUGGGGUUUAGUAGUGGCUGGAUUCUCUGAUAUGACCCGGCCACCAGAAAAGCUCAGUGUCUCUCAGUCCUGCGUCAUUACAGCCACAGGAAUAAUUUGGUCAAGGUACUGCUUGGUGAUCAUCCCCAAAAACUGGGCUCUGUUUGCUGUUAACUUCUUUUUGGGCAUGUGUGGAAGCAUCCAGCUUAUAAGAAUAUGGAGGUACAACCAACAGCUCAAGCAGAAAGGAGUGGAAGUGGCACAGUCUUGAAGUGCUACUUAUUUUGGGAUGCUUUUACUUGAAGUGCAGUGCUGAUAAAGUUUUGCUUUGUUACUGUCAAAUCAAUGAAUCUGCAUUUUGCAGACAUCAGUCAUGUUGUAUAGAUCAAACAAAUAUGAUCUGUCUGUAUAAAAUAGGGAUUUGUUUUUUAACUUAACAUAAUCAUUUCAAUUUAUCAUUAAAUUGUAAUACAUUACGAUUGUAACUCAUAUGUCCUUGAUUGUAUAUUGUAAUGUGUUCUUAUUCUGAUCCAUCGUUAUUUCUAUAGAUUUCUUAGUUUUAAGGGGGUCAUAUUAUAACAGUAGCAAUAAUAAAAAUUUAUUUGGGGU